UUUUUUCCUAAACCAUCUUCUAACACUUGCACUGGAAUUCAUUCCUUAUACCUUCUGUUCGCAAUUUAGAGUAUACAUAUUUCGCACUUGGCGGUUCAGUAAAGGGAGGGAUGAUUAUUUUUUCUCUCAGUGCACAGCUGCAAACCAAUACAAUAACGUCACUAAUUAUGUGCACGCUUUCUUUUGUUUGUGUUAGUAAAUGCUCUGCCGUAAAGCGAUUUUGAGCACCCCUGUUCCAGAUCAGUAGCUUUGUUAGUAUUUUUAUCAUAGAACUCUAUUCAAAUACUGUAAAACUUUUAAACUUAAAACUUUUCAAAUGAAAUUCAUGUCCUAUUAUUUCAUACAUUUCUUUUUAACACUCGUUGACGUCCUCUUAGCAACAAAUGCAGAUACGAAUAAUGCGACUAUGAUUCCUUCAAAUAAUAUUUUUGACAUUUCGAAAGGAAAGUGCGUGGACUGUAGAGAAGAAAGCAAAGAAUUGUGUAGAAUUGAAGAAGAAGGAUAUAGCUGUUAUGACGGGGAAUUUCAUCGACAAAAGCCAGAUGAACUGAAUGAAUUUCCCGAAACAACUACAAAUACGGAAGUUUGCAUUCCACCCGGAAUGGUAAUCGAAAAUUUGCAUGCUAAAAUAUGCUGCGUUUGGUCACCAAGAAAGGGCUGUCAAAUUCUAUUAUAUGAGGAACAUCAAGGCGAAUUUUGUUUCACUUGCAGAGUUAAAUAUAAAAUGGAAUACAAGAACUUAAAACCCUGUCCUUGCAUAACAAAUAAGGGAUUAUCAAAUGAAGUUUAUGGAAAAUCGUUGCAUAUAUUUAUUUUUAUCUAUUUUUCUUGGCACAUUGUGUGUUUGAUUUUAACAAAUUAAUAAAAAAAAAUAUAUAAGGGAA